AUGAAACCUAUAUUUGAAGAAUGUCAUGAAAAAGAACUUAAAAAAUAUCGAUAAAAGUUUGGAACUAUGUUAUUUCAUGAUGGACAUUAAACUGAAAGAAAAGAAUUUUUUAACAAUUAUAUUGAUUAAGAACCGAAGACAUGCAAUCAGAGUCCAAAUUAAACAAGACUAGAAAAAAAUAAAUUUUCACUUUCUUUAAGCAAUUUGUAAACCUAAAGAUCUCUAGUUUAAUCUUCUGCUAGAAAAAGUUAACAUGAUAGUAGAAGACUUAUACAAAAGUAAACUGUUUAAGUUAAUUCAAUUAAUAACAACCUAAAUUAUGAAUUCUCCUUUCCUAAAUGGAUUUCAGAAAGAAAUGACUUUCAAAAAUGGAAAUCUCAUAGGUAUUCAAUCAAUUAAAUGGUUAUUAAGUGAUUUCGAUAUUAACUUAAAGAUUGUCUCAAUCUGUAGAAUGGAAACCUUCAAAAGAGAUUCUGCCUAAAAAUAAAUUGUAGCAUUGUAUCUAUAAAAAUUGAGUUUAUUCAAGUUAAUGCCUUUAGUACUUUUGCAAGAGUUGGCAGGUAGAUUAACAUAUAAGGAAAUUAGAUCUGAAUCUGAUUUAAUUUUAUGCAAAAUAGGUGAAAUCGGAAAUUGUAUGUUCAUCAUUUUUUAAGGAACUGUGAAAGUAAUGAUAAAAGUAAAUUCUUAAAUUAAAUUUUUAGGAUAUUUGUGUAAAAGAAUUUCAUGAUAAUGAACAUUUAGGAAGAUAAGCAUUAGAAACUGAUGCUCCUAGAAAUGCUACAUUAAUUUGUACAUAAAACUCGCAUAUAUUAAUUUUGAGUAGAUGGGACUAUUAAUAAUGCUUGAAUAAUCUAUUUAAAAUAGAGAGACCAAAAUGGAUUAAUUUUAUCAAUUAAAUUCAUUUCUUUAGAAACUUUUAACCUUACAAAAUUUAAAGAUUAUGUGAUGAUUUGAAAGGGAAAUUCAUGUCUGCAAAAGAUUGUCUAUAUAAAGUUGGAGAUCCUAUUGAUAAUUUUUAUAUAGUAAAAAAUGGUAUUCUCGUUAAAAAAGUUGUGGUUAAUUUAGAAAAAUCAAAUAGAUGGCCAGUAAAAACUAAAGUAUGGUUAUAAAAUACUGUUGCAACUAGAUAAGAAAUCACAAUUAAAUAUGAACCUUAGUCAUUAUUAGGAUAUUAUGAGAUAGUCACAUAGGAAACUCUGGGAUUAAAAAAUAGAACUGAAGAAAUUAAUGCUUUAGAAGAUUGCUUUUUAUUAUUUAUUCCUAGAGCUAAAUUUUAAGAUAUUUUUGAUGUGGAUGAUUAAAAACGAUUUAGAGAAUUAUUUUUAAAAUUGUAUCCUACUUCAUUUGAUUAAUUAAUGGAAAUGGUUAAAUAAUAAGAUGAAAAGAAAAAGCUAGAAUUUAAAACAAUUAAAGAUGCUUUGAUUGAAGGAUUAUAAAAUGUAGAUCAAAUGUAAUUAUAAAAAGUAAAUUAAUCUUGAUUUUAAUAGAAAACAAAAAAAUAUAAAGGAAUUUUACAAAAUGCAAGGAACAGAUUGAAAUAAUAUUAAUAAACUAAAGGAAUAAUAUAAACAGAGAUUAGAUAAAAAGUUAUGAAAUCAAUUUACGAAUGA